GACACAUAAAACAUGAAAAGAGUGAUCAGCCUCAUCGAUAUGGACUGUUUCUACGCACAAGUCGAACAACGGGACAAUCCAUCGCUUUGGGGACAGCCGGUGAUCGUCGUGCAGCACUCCAGGCAGGGUAUCGAGGGUGGAAUUUUGGCUGUAAGCUAUGAAGCCCGCCCGUUCGGAGUGAAACGAGGGAUGACGGUGGCCGAAGCGAAGUUAAAAUGCCCUCAAAUAUCAAUAUGUCACGUUCCGAUUGGAGAAUAUGUAGAUAAAGCUGAUAUUCAGAAAUAUCGCGACGCUAGCGCAGAAGUCUUCCGGGUGCUGAACAAUUACGACUCGCAAAUUAUAAUCGAAAAAGCGUCUGUCGAUGAGGCUUUUCUUGAUUUAUCCGCGUAUACUAAUCAAAAAUUGCAAGAAUUGAGAGAAAACGAGGGAUUGGAGGAGUUUUUGCAGGCUGCUAUUACCUACCUCCCAACCACACACCUCGCUACCGGAGAAGAUGUGAAAGAAAAUGAGCACCUACGAGAAGAUGUGCUGCUGGAAUAUAUUGAAAAUGCGAGAAAUUGCACGGAAAACCUGCUUUUACUGAUUGCCGCGGUCACUGUAGAGCAAAUUCGGCAACAAAUUCACGAGGAAACCCAGUUUUUUUGCUCGGCGGGCGUCGGAAACAACAAAAUGAUGGCGAAAUUGGUGUGCGCCCGGCAUAAACCACGCCAACAAACGUUAAUUCCGUGGUUCUAUGUUCGAGAAAUUCUCCGGCUUACGCCAAUCGGAGAUGUUCGAGGAUUUGGCGGAAAAAUGGGAAAUCGCAUUCAAGAAAUGCUUAAUAUCACUUUAAUGGGUGAACUGCUCGAAGUGGACAUUUCACAGCUCAUUGAAACAUUUCCGAAUCAACACGAAUACCUGAGGUCCGUGGCCGAGGGACACUGCGAUGAACCAGUUCGGCCACGCAAGGAAUCCUCUUCCAUCGCUGUCUCCAAGAACUUCCCCGGAAAAUUAUCGAUUCGAUCGGUGUUGGAGCUGAAAAAAUGGCUCGACGGGCUCACGAAAGAGCUCGCAAAGCGUUUGGCAACGGAUCAAGCGGAAAAUAAGCGAACUGCCGAGAAUCUGGUGUACUCACUGCUCACAGAGGACGGGAAACCACAAAAAACGCUGAAAAUCACCAGUUAUCACCCGGAUACACUUUUUGAGCAGAUUUGGGCAGCUAUGAAGGGAUUAAAUAAGACAAAUGCCACUAAAAAUGAGGACUCCGGUCCCUGGACACCGCCAAUUCUCAACAUUUCACUAUCAGCGACACGUUUUCAACCCGGAAUUCCUGCACAAAAUCGAUCGAUUCACGAAUGGCUUUACGAGAAAAAAACGCGAAAAUCGCGUCGAAAAGCGGCGAUUUACGAUGAAAAUGAUGGUCGAGAAGAUGUGAUUUUUGUUGAACCGCCGGAAAAACUGAAAAAGCCGAAUCCAACACCAAAAUCCACUGGAACAGACGGAGAUUUCAUUGUUUUAGGCUCAGAUUCGGAUGAUGACGUUGUACAGCCAAAAACUGAUGAUAAUUGGAUUUUUGUCGAUGGAAAGAAAUUUUCAAAAAUGGCCUGGAGGCACCUACCGCCUGACAUUAAAAAGCAUUACCAACAUCGAAUAGCGUUGGAAGAAGCUCGAGCGCUGAAAUCGAAGACUGGUGGCUCACGGAAAAGAGCCGGAGCUCACACGGACAAUGCUCAAAAACCGAAGAAGCCGAAAUCGCUGGAAUCGUUUUUCAAAAAGAAGAAACCCUAACAAUUACUUCUGUACAAUUUUGACACGCAUUUUUCUAGCUAAAAAAUAUGAAUUUUUCACUG